UGUGUUCUUGCUCUACCCUCACCGAUCAUCAAAACACUUAAAUCGAAUCUCGAUUCAACAAAAACAAACACACUGCUGAGAGAGACUAGUAGUUAAUAUCUCAGCUGAUCUCAAAAGAUCUAAAAUCUUUCACGAUAGAUCCUCUCUUCUCUAAUGUUGUUGCUGUUGUUAUUGUUCUUCUUCUAAUAUCCCAAACAAUAAUGGUGGAACCACUCCCCCCGAUCACGAGGAGGCGUUUCAUCGCCGUUUUCUGGAUCGCCGCUUUCGCUUCCCUCUCCAUCUGGCAAUUCGGCGGCGGCGACAGAGAAGGAACCUCAGGUGGUGGUCUCUCCUCUGUUUUCCGGUGGAAGACGACGACGGCCGCAGCUUCCGGUGGAUUCCCUCUGGUUAGACCGGUUUCGUUUAAUCUGACGGACUUCGGAGCAGUGGGAGACGGUGUAACGAUCAACACAGAGGCCUUCGAGAGAGCUGUCUCUGCGAUCUCGAAGCUUUCUAAAAAAGGAGGUGGACAGCUUUACGUGCCACCUGGCAGGUGGCUAACUGCUCCGUUUAAUCUCACCAGCUUCAUGACUCUUUUCUUGGACCAGGACGCUGAGAUCCUUGCCGUCCAGGAUGAAAGUUUAUGGCCUCUGCUUCCUCCUUUACCUUCAUACGGUUACGGAAGAGAGCAUCCUGGACCUCGUUACGGAAGUUUCAUUCACGGACAGUAUCUCAAAGAUGUCGUCCUCACAGGGAAUAACGGUAGCAUCAACGGGCAGGGGCAAUCUUGGUGGAAGAAGUAUCGCUCAAAGCUUCUAAACCACACAAGAGGACCACUGGUUCAGAUCAUGUGGUCAAGCGACGUCGUUUUCGCCAACAUCACUCUGCGCGACUCUCCCUUUUGGACGCUUCACCCAUACGACUGCAAAAACGUUACGAUCACUAACAUGACCAUUCUGGCACCUGUGAUCGAAGCCCCAAACACUGAUGGCAUCGAUCCUGAUUCAUGUGAGGACAUGAUCAUUGAGAACUCUUACAUCAGCGUUGGUGACGAUGGAAUCGCAAUAAAGAGCGGUUGGGACCAGUACGGAACUACUUACGGACGUCCUUCUAAGAACAUACUCAUUCGCAACCUCACCAUCCGCUCCAAUGUUAGUGCUGGUAUAUCAAUAGGAAGCGAGAUGUCAGGUGGCGUCUCAAACAUCACCGUCGAGAACAUUCUGAUAUGGAGCUCACGGCGCGGAGUUCGGAUCAAAACUGCACCGGGGAGAGGCGGGUACGUACGCGAUAUAACGUUCAGAAACGUCACGUUCGAUGAGCUGAGAGUUGGGGUUGUGAUAAAAACUGACUACAACGAGCAUCCGGACGGUGGAUUCGACCCUCGAGCGUUCCCGGUGCUCGAGAACAUUAUCUACACGGGGAUAUACGGUCAGGGAGUGCGCGUGCCGGUGCGUAUCCAAGGAAGCAAAGAGAUUCCGGUUAGAAACGUAACGUUCAGGGACAUGUCGGUGGGGGUAACUUACAAGAAGAAGCAUGUAUUCCAGUGUUCUUACGUGCAAGGGCGUGUGAUAGGGACCGUCUUCCCUGCUCCGUGUGAGAAUCUUGAUCGGUAUGACGAGCAGGAACAGCUGGUGAAGCAGUCUGAUUCCCACAAUGUAACAGAUAUAGAUUACGAGAUAUGAGUCUGACCAAGAACAUGUUAAAAAAUAUUGUUAAACAAAUAUUUAGCAAAAACUAAUACUGUUAGCAACUAA